CAGAGGAUCAAUCCAAAUGUGUAUCGGCUGCGCAUGGACGACCGGUACCCCGGGCUUCCCAUCAUCAACUUCGAGCACCUGAAGCCGUAUCACGAGGGGCACACGAGCCGCAAGAGAAAGCGAGAGUACUUGGUGCGAUGGAAAGGAUUUGGACCGCAUUACGACACAUGGCAAGUCGAGAAGGACCUGCGCAACGCGCCAGAUGACCUCGUUGCGUACAAGAAGGAGCACAGGUUGUAG